AUGGUUGCUUUGGCAAAGAUUGCAUUUGACAAAACACAAAGCGUUUCGUAUGAGCGUUACACACUGUUUAAUCGAGCUCAAGAAACAGCCAAAACAUUAGAGGCCUUUCAUGCAGCAUUAACUGCCCAAGCAGCCAAAGCGGAGUUAGGAACACUUGAAGAUGAACUAGUGCGUGAUUUAUUCAUAUCGAAAAUGAAAAAUGUGGUAUUGCAGGACACAUUAACAUUUGAAACAUUCUCACCAGAGGAAGUAUUGAAGAGGGCAUUGAAGUUUGAACAGAGCAAACAGACAACUCAGGCAUUUCAAAGAGCGAACUCACUGACUGCAAGUGCAGGUCAAAUUCACGGAACAAUGAAAAUAAAGCAAGAUCCAAUCAUGAAUAUUCGUAAUAAGAAUGACAAUGGGAGGAGACAAUCGAGCAAUACGUACAAAAAGAAAUCAUACUCGGAUAAAAGAGAGGGGAGAAAUCCUAUAGAUUCGAAAACGUGUACUCGAUGUGGUCAAUUACUUGGAGAAGGACAUCUGAAGAAAUGUCCCGCCAUGGGCAAAAAAUGUAAAAAUUGUUCUAAACCAAAUCAUUUUGCAAAAAUGUGUAAGUCGCAACAAGUAAACGAGAUUGCGGAAAAAUCAUCUAGCUCAGAUGAAGAGUGUAAUUUGAUUCAGUCAUUUGACUCGUGCGAUGAGUUUGAAAUAAUGGCUAUCGAAUCUGAGUUGUCGUCGUUAGAACAGAUAGACGAAUAA